AUGCGGCUGUCGGGGCUGUGCCUGGCGCUCCUCUGUGCCGCCGGCGCCGAACCCCCGCGGGCAGCUCGGGAGCGGCCGCCGGGCCUGGGAGCAGCUGCGGGAUGGGCGGCGGCGGCGACGGGACGCGGAGGGCCGGGGGCGGCCGGCGUGGACCCCCGGCAGGCGUGGAUGCUGCUGGCCGGGAGCCCCGGGCGGGGAAGCGGCGGUCGGGCCCGUGGCGGGCCGGGGGCGGACACGGCACCGGCGGGCGGCCGCUCUCCGGGAAAACCAUCCCCGGCGGCGGAGCAGGGCCGUGUGCCAGGGGCUGCCCCGGACACCCCCGCUGUGCCCGUGGAGCUCCUGAGGGAGCUGCAGAUCCUGCUCAGAGGUACCGGGGCGGGGGUCGGAGGCCAGGGCGGGAGCGGAGGGGGGACAGCGACCCCGAGGCACAGUAGGGCUGGGCGGCGGAGACUGGAAAAGUGGAGGUUCUUUCCUAACGCCGAACCCCGGUGGGGUUUGGGGUCAGGAAUAGCAAAGGAGCAGGCAAAGGUGCAGACGGCAGCCUGGGAAGAGCAUAAGGAAGAGGAAGAACGCAGCCCCCAGGCCGGGGUCCAUCAUCGCGUGAACGCAGCCUUCCACUGCCGAACGCGCGAAGACAUCUCCGUGGGGCAGAGAACACGACAGGAGCUGCAGCUGUUCUACAUCCCUGAGAGGGAGGAGAUGUUUCACCGUGGCCUGGGGCUGAACCUGACCAGUGGGCAGUACACAGCCCCCAUCGCAGGGUACUACACCUUCACCACCACGCUGCACAUCGUGCACAGGGAGCCGCCGAAGAAGAGGCAGGUGUGCCGGGGGACGCGCCUGCGCGUGCUGAUCUGUGUGCAAUCCCGCUGCCAGCACAACAGAAAUUUGGAGACUUCAUCCCGGCUGGAGAGCAGGGGUGACCUUUUCACCAUCUCUGUCACUGGAGUCCUUUACCUGCAGGCCGGGCAGUACGCCUCUGUUUUUGUGGAGAACGCUGCAGGCUCUCCCCUCACUGUUCGAAGCGGCUCCGAUUUCAGCGCCGUUCUGCUGGGGGUGUGAAGAGGCACCAGGCAGGGCACUGAACCUGUGCCAGGAGCAGCCAGACCCUUCCCUCUGCCAGCCAUGAUCACAUCUCCCCUGCUCAGCACUGAGCCCAGGGAAGACCAUUUGCUCUUGGCAGGAACUGCAGUCUGGUCUGAUACUGCUCAUGCUGCAGAACCAGCUGAAGAUGAACAAAAGAUCAUGGAGAAGAUGAUGAUGAUAAUAAAACAGCCUGACAAGGACCUAAAGGCAUUCACUUUUAACUAAAGGCUAGGCUUGGAAAUUUAUCUUGGAAAAUGCUGCUGACAGUGCCAGAUGUCAGAUGGUUGCCUUCUCCUCAGGGCUCAGCUCCCACCAUGCUUGGGACAAAGCCCCCCACCUCCAUUUUUGCCCUCAGUGGACUUCCCUCCCCUGCCCAAUGUCUU